AUGCAUUACAAGUGGAUGAAGAAGCUGGACCAAGCAUUAUCGCUGCGACAUAUAGGCUCUUGUGGAUGCAGGACCAAGCAGUCAGUCUUCAGAUACGAUGACAUAACAAGAACAGCAGUAUUUGUUUUCAAACAAGAAGAGGGUGGGUCAGUUGAUGGUACAGUAUUUGAAAUACAACCAGACAAGACAAUAAAAGAGCUUUUUCCAUCAACGGGUGGCGAUUGGUGUGGAUCAUUGGCGUUACAAGAGUAUUUGAAAUUUUUGGAGAGGAUAUUUGGCAACGAAAUUUUCAAAGAUUUUAAAUUAAAAGAGCCUGGAGAAGUUUUAGAGAUAUAUAAGGAGUUUGGAAAUCAAACAAAAAUAACCUCUGCUGACAGUGAAAGGAAAUACAUCGCUCUGUGGAUACCUGCUGCAUUGCUUGAAAUGUCUUUAGCCAAGAAAACGGUGGAGGAGUUAAAUCAUACGAUAGAUUUAGUAUCAAAAAUAUAUAAAGGGGAUGUUUCUCUACGCGGAAAUAAAUUAAAAAUAAGUCUAGAGGUUUUUAGAAAAUUUUUUGAACCAAGCAUUUACAAAAUAAGUGGUUACCUGCACAACCUCUUACGUCACCCAAAUGCCCAAGACGUCGAAGUGAUUCUUCUUGUUGGUGGCUUUUCCGAAUUUACUAUAAUAACCGAUCCCAUUACCAAGGAAUUCUCUUCUUACAAAUUUAUUAUUCCAAAAGACUCUGGUGUAUCUGCAUUAGUAGGGGCUUUAAUUUUCGGGCACAAUCCUUUGUUGAUUCAAGAAAGGCUUUCAAAUUAUACAUAUGGAUGUGUUGCAGUUUAUGAUAAGCAGAAAUUUUCAACAGACGAAACUCCGGUAGGCAGUGGACAUUUUGAUCGGUUGGUCGAAAUAGGCCACCCAUUGAAAAUAGGUAGAGUGCAGGUUAAAAAGACAUAUAGUCCAGACAAGGACGUAAAGAACAUCUCGAUCUACUUAUAUGGUUCUACAAAGGCAAAUCCGGUUCUGGUAAAUGAUAAGAGUUGCUUUUAUCUAGGAAGUGUUGCUCUGCGACUCCCACACAAUACAAUUGAAAAGAGAGAAGUCAAACUGGAAGUCUCUCUUAAAGGAUCAAUGAUUGAAUUGACGUUGGUGGAUUCCUUGUCUGGGAAGUCUGCAGAUGCUUCAGUAAAUACAAGUUACAAAGUGCAUUCAAAUGAAUACUUACUUGUUGGUGCGAUUGACUUUGGAACAACGUAUUCAGGUUAUGCCUUUUCUUCAAAACAAGAUUAUGAUGACAAUCCGACAGAAAUUACCGGCAAAAUUUGGACAGCAUCUUCUGGACAUUUGCAGUCACAAAAAAUUCCAACUUGCGCCUUAUUUACUCCACAGAAGACUUUUCAUUCCUUUGGAUAUGAGGCAGAAGACAAAUAUGCUACUCUGUCCUUGGAAAACACACAUCAUGACUGGUACUUUUUUCGACGUUUCAAAAUGAAGCUUUACAAUGAGUUGACAAUAACUGAAGAUUUUCAAUUAGAGUCAUUAGAUGGGAAGAUGUUAUCUGCCGUUCUUGUUUUUUGCUCUGUAAUUGGUUUUUUAAGAGAAGAAAUGCUUUCAAAAAUUCAUUUUUCAAACAUAAACAUCCAUGAGUAUGGUCUUCGAUGGGUCAUUACGGUACCUGCAAUUUGGACAGAUGCCUCAAAGUGCUUCAUGCGAAAAUGCGCUCUCCAGGCAGGGAUUGAUGACGACAGACUUGUGAUAGCAUUAGAACCAGAAGCAGCAGCGAUGUACAGCAAUUUGGUGGCAAUUAGAAAUCAAAAAAGUGACAUCAGAUUGACCAGUGGAACAAAAUAUAUAGUUUGUGAUGCAGGCGGUGGAACGGUGGAUAUAACUGUUCAUGAAAUGAUAGAUGAUGAAGGACACGUGCGCGAACUUUACAAAGCUUCUGGGGGUAACUGGGGAGGCACAAGUGUGGAUGAGGAACUUCUACAACUCUAUGAAAAAAUAGUAGGAAAAGACGUAAUGGCGGAAUUUAAAUACAAAUAUCCAGAAGAUGCACUUGAGAUGGCAAGAGAAUUAGAAACCAAGAAAAGAUCCUUCUCGUCGAAUGUCGACAGAGUUUCAUUUCCUCUGCCACUUUCUAUGAUGCAAUUAUUUAAAAAGAAAACGGGAAAGCGUUUGUCAAUGACUGUAAUUCAUUCAAAUAGCCUAGAAAAGUACAUGGCUAUCAAUGGAGAUAAAAUUCGUGUUACAGGAAGUUAUAUUCGUACAUGUUUCGACAGAUCUAUUGAAAAGAUUUGUGAGCACUUGAAAAAGAUCCUUAAAAAUCUAAGUGCAGAUGAUGUUGGCUUAAUACUUCUUGUUGGGGGGUACGCCGAAUCUUCCAUUCUUCAAAGUGCUCUUUUAAGCACUUUUCCUUCUAAGAAAUUGCUUGUGCCAAAGGAAGCAGGGCUGUCGGUUUUGAAAGGUGCAGUCAUUUUUGGGCACAAUCCUUAUCUAAUUCUUGAGAGAAAAGCAAAAUAUACCUACGGCAUAAAGUGUAGAGAACCUUUUGUCGAUGGUAAACACAGGCAAGAUUACAAAGUACAAGACAAAGAUGAAAUAUGGUGUGCAAAUGUAUUUAGCCGUCAUGUUACAAUUGGUGACACAUUAAUCGCUGGGAAAACACAAUCCACGAAAACGUACACUAAGCAAAAAAAUGCGAAUUCUGCACACAUUGCUGUAUAUGCAAGUUUAGAGGAAAAUCCAAUGUAUAUAACGGAUGCAGGGUGUUUUUAUUUAGGUGGAAAAAUUUUAGAAUUUGAAAAUGGAAGAGCCUUAGGUGCAAGCUGUCUUGAAGUGCAAAUGGCUUUUGGAGGGACAGAGAUUGAAUUGACAAUGACAUGUAAAGUAACUGGACGAGUUACAAAACUUCAUCUUGAAAAUGAUAGACAAUGAAAUUGAUUUUUCAUAAAAGAUAUAUUCAGAACUU